AUGUCGCUCUCAUACUCUGUUGGCGAACGCGUGCUGUGCUAUCACGGUCCACUCAUCUACGAGGCGAAGGUCCUGAAGGCGGAGGUGUGGGAUGAGUCGAACACAAAAACCGCUGCCGUGGGCCCACACUUCUUUGUGCACUACAAAGGGUGGAAACAGACAUGGGAUGAGUGGGUAUCGAUAACUCGACUCCUUAAGUACGACGAGACGAACGUUGCGCUACAAAAGGCGCUCACGAAUCAAGCUUCCGCGGCUGCAGCUUCCUCGUCAGGAGCCUCUAAAGGAAAGGGUACGAGUGGAGGGACUAGCACUACUGGAACGGGGACUGGACGAGCUAGGAAGGAUGGUCGUGGCACGAAACGAGGAAGAGAGGAGGACGACAGUCAUCGGAAACCAGAGAUGAAGUUGAAUGUUCCCGAAGCUCUCAAAGUACAGCUUGUGGACGAUUGGGAAGCAGUUACGAAGAACAAUCAGCUCGUUCCCCUUCCUCGCAAUCCCAAUGUGCUCGACAUUCUCCUGGAAUUUAAGGAUCACAUCAUAAAAAUGGGUAAACAGACCAACCUUCGUGAUCCGGAGCUCAUAUUACCGACCAUCAUUUCCGGUCUUCAAGUCUACUUCGACCGAUCUCUGGGUGCAAAUCUGCUGUAUCGAUUCGAACGCCCACAAUAUGCGGAGAUUCGGAAGACUUACGUCACGGGCCCGAAAGUAGUCGUUGGGCAAGAGAAAGAAAUGAGCGCAAUUUAUGGAGCGGAACAUUUGCUGAGAAUGUUGGUGAGCCUGCCUCAGAUGGUGGCAAGUUCCACGAUGGACGCGGAGAGUGUAGGCUUGGUGAAGGAUUAUGUUAAUGAAUUGCUUGUGUUCCUUGUAAACGAGCGCAGCCGGUUUUUCUUGACUGAGUACGAAAGUUCAAGUCUGCAGUACCAGAACAUCUCGCGGUCGUGA